CCUUUAACUCCUACGUUUUUCACCUUAUUUAACUUACAACCUACGAUACAUACCUAUAUUACAUAUUUUAAUCCUCGAUAUAAGAGAGCUGAUCGCCAUGUUAUUCCAAACAGUCUCCUCGAUCGCCAUCAUGGCCCUUGCCGGCCAGGCUAUUGCCGAACCCGUACGUCAACCAUAUAAGUUAAAACUCGCACAAAUGUCAGCCAAAAGUAUCUUCGGUCUCGACCGCCGCGACGAUGGCGGAUAUUCUCCCGAGCAGCAAUUUUGUGGUUCUGGAGAUACCUGUGACGAAGCUUGUGGCAAAGGCUUUGCGCAAUGCCCUUCGAAGGACGGUAUCGUACAUUGUUUCAAUAAGGCCGGCAAUCAGACAUGCUGUCCCGGUAAGACCGGAGAUUCUUGUGAUCAGGGCUACUUUUGUAGCGCCGAUGAUAAAGGCAAUACUUGGUGUUGUCCCGACAGCAUGACUCUUAAGCAGUGCGCUGCCGCUUAUAGCCUUCCUGGAUCCCUUAUAGUGCCCACCCCCACUUCUACAUCCACACCAUCUUCGACAAAUGCUUCCGCGACCAAGAGCGCCACUUCACUUAAGAUUGUGGGAAGCGCUUCAGCUACUGGGGAUUACGGGUCCACCGCCACUGAACCACCGACCACAACCGCCGCCCCCGCAGCUACGUCUUCGUCAUCGUCGCCUUCGCCAACAGCCCCUGAUAACGGUAUCGUCGCCGCAGGCACCGACAGCAUCCGCGUUCCCGCUAGCGGUGCGAUACUCCUCAUCGUCGCCGCCUUCGCCGCUCUCCUAUAAACUACUUCAACACUAAUCUUACCAUAGAUGGAAGGAAGUUAGGAGCGACGUAUCGACAAGGCUAUAUGGUACGAUGAUGGAACGAGCUACGAUGAUCGAU